AAAACGGACAAAUUCGAUUCUAUUUUGCUAAUGCACAAAAGACCCAAAUCAAUUUAAUGCAGAAAGCUUGCAGCAGCUGUGCAAAAUGAGCCAAUUCUCGAUACUUCGACUACUGCUGUUGUUUCUGUCAUGCCUCACCAUUCAGUUAACAUGGGCCAUUGUCUGCUAUCAUUGCGACUCCAUCGCGCUGCCCGAAUGCGCCCAAACCCUCGGUGAAGUGGGCCAACUGCCCUUCAAAGAGUGCCCCACCGAACUGACGUGCACCAUGUCAAUUGUGGACUCGAUAACAUAUCGUGGUUGUGGCGUCGAAACGCCAACCAUCGGGGCGACCUACUCCAAGCGCUGCUCCACCAAUCUGUGCAAUUCGGGCGUUUAUCCGCCCGGUCGACUCAAGUGUCAUCAUUGUGCCGGCGAGGAUUGUGUGGCUGCGCCGGCUGGCAGACCGUUGCCAUGUCGCCAGCACCAGGAGGAGGAUCACUGCUACACGGAGGUGAGCAAUGCAACUUGGGCAUAUCGUGGCUGCAGCUCCGAUAGCAACCAUACGGCAGCCGCCACAGCGCAACUCUGCGAGAUUAAUGGCUGUAAUGGGGCACAAGGGGCAUGGACUUUGAGCUGUGUGCGCUGUGAUUCUCAGCGUGGACGUGGCUGCAAGCGAGAUCUCUUCCAGCUGGGCAGCAACGAAUGCAGGAUUAGCCAAUACGAGCAGUGCCAACAGCAGAUGCUGCUUGGCCAGGAGCAAGAGCAAUAUUGCUACAUCUACAGCCAGCUAAAUCGUGUAGUGCGUGGCUGCUCCGCAGAGUUGGAGCCGCAGGUGGAGGAGGAGCUGUCUGGAACUGUGGUCAAGUGCUCGUCGGCGGAUAAUUGCAAUGCGGUCUGUUUGCCGCAACAAACUUGCCUCAUUUGCAAUUCUGCAGAGACGGAGAAUUGCCGUAAAAAUGCCAGCGCGUUGAGCAGCAGCAUUUGUGGCUCAGCGGAGGCAUCCUCCUGCUAUGCCUGCGAGCAGCCAGAUGAUUGGACUGUCCAACGUGGCUGUGGUCAACCGCUUCCGUUGCUCAACUGUUACGAGUGCGCCGGCAGCGAUAAGAUCGCCUGCAAUGUGCUCGAUUUAACGCGUUGCUAUCACUGCAGCAGCUCCAAUUCACCCGGCUGUGCCAACUGGGAAAAACCCGGUGGGAUUUCUAUUGAGGAGUGUGCGCAACCAGCUGCGCCGUGCCUGGUACUUAGCCAUGUCAAUGGCACCACGCAGCGUGGCUGCCAGCGACCCGACUUCAAUUGCAAUCUCUCAACGGUGGCCAAUUGUCGCAGCUGCGAGGGCAGUUUCUGCAACAAGGGCGCGUUUCCCGAGCACAGAUUGUGGUGUCAUCAGUGCCAGAAUUGCGAUCAUGUCGAGAGUCGUGGCCAGAAUGCGUUUCCCUGCAGUGUGGCGGCCAAUGAGCCGACGGAUGAAUUGGCCGCCUGUCUGGAGUUCUACGAUGAGACCAGCGGGCAGGUGGUGCGCGGCUGUCGUUCCAAUGGGCAACUCUACUACGAGUGCCUGCUGCGCAGUCCCAAGAAAGCCGGCUGUCGCCUGUGUGGCAAACAUGGUUGCAAUGCCACGCCUGGGGCACAUUUGCGCAGCAUGCUGCUGGCGGAGGAGCAGCAGCGUGGAGAACUCUAGGAAGCAUCUUGAUUUGUCAUUUAAUCACAAUAAUAUUUGAAACACUGAUUAAUUUUAGAGAAUAUUGAAAAACUCUGCUGCCAAGCUUAAUAAUUUCUAUUGACAAAAUUCAAAUAUUCUCCCACAAAAUUCUCUUUAGUUCACUAAAUUCUAGAAUGCAGCGCAUUUUAGUUUUUUUUAACUCUCUCUUCCUACUUCAAAUAUUGUAUUACUAUACAUUGUAAUUGUAAUUAAAAUGUUGAUUGAUUUAAAUAUAUAAGGAAUAUACAUUUAUUGCAGAAUAGCUUAAGAAUAUGGGAAUUCAGCAAUUA